CAGCAGCAUAAAAGUGCUGACACAAUGGUGGCUUUGAUGAAGGUUUAUGAAGAAGAAGAUGAAGCUUAUCAGGAUUUGGUCACCAUGGCAACACAAUUCUACCAGUACUUACUGCAGCCCUUCAGAGAUAUGCGAGAGCUGGCGACGCUGUACAAACUGGAAAUCCUGAAAUCUUUGCAGUAUGAUAAUUUGGGCCCUAGAAGAGUUGCAGCUUUGCAGAAAGAUGCUGAAGAAUGGACUAAGCGAGCUGAGAGUGCUGUGUGCUCCAUUCAGGAUAUCACUGUGAACUACUUCAAGGAAACUGUAAAGGCUUUGGCAGCGAUGCACAAACAGAUGGAGCAAGAUCAGGAAAGAUUUGGUAAAGCCACCUGGGCAUCAGCUUUGCCACGACUAGAAAGCCUGAAGUGUAUGUUAGCUAAAGAAACCCUCCAGCAUCUGAGGGCAAGAGAGUUGUGCCUGAAACAGAAGAGAGCUGGUAUUCAGAAACAUAUGGAGAGUCUUGGCGAACAAGAAGAGAACUUAAGUGUAGUGGAGGAGCUGGAAAUACAGUAUUAUGAAACACAGCUGGAAUUGUACAACGUACAGCUUGAAGUAUUGAAACAUGAAGAGAUGCUGCUUAUCGUACAGUUGGACACUAUAAAGAGACAGAUUAAAGAGAAACAGGAUGAAGUUGUUUACUAUGAUACAUGUGAAAAUCCUGAGGAGCUCAAGGUCAUUGAACAGACAAUGGGACAACAUUACGCUAACUUGUCAGAAAUGACGAUGCUGAGGCAGAAGACUAAGCAGUUGGAGACAAAGCGUGGGACUGUCUGUGCGAGGAGAGCCUACCUCAGGAACAAAAAAGAUCAGUGUGAAACAAGCCAUCGGCAGCGACUGCAACAGGCAGAGGAGAGCAAAAAACGCUUCCAGCAGCAUCACAGCAUACAGAUAAAGAGAGACAAGCAAAAAGAGGAGGAGAAAAAGAAAAAAGCUUGGAUAAGCCAGGAACGUCAGAAAACACUGGAGAGGCUGAAGACAUUCAGGGAGAAGUGUCCAGCUCAUGUUGUUCUGAAAACAUCUCAUCCCCAGACUUUCAGUCCCAAGUUGCCACGAAGUAUCACUCAGCAGCCUGUGGUGCUGUCUCCUUCACCUUCAUCAAGAGCAAGGGCAGCCCCAGCACCUCAGCAGUUAAAGACACCAUCAGCAAGAGAGGAUAAACCACUUCCCCUCAGCUCUGAUAGCCCCUCAGAGAGCUCUGCACUGCACAAACAGGAUGACUCAUCCAGGAGGUCUAUAAAUUACAUAGGUUCCAUGGAUGAAGUCUUGGCUUCUCUAAAACGCAGCGAGGUUCACCUUCGCAAAGUGGAGCAGCCGAAUCCGUAUGCCUCUGUGAAAGACAACAUCCUCUCUGCCAUAAGGCAAGGAGUUCAGCUGAGGAAAGUGAAUCGAGAUGCUGAGAAAGAUGUCAGUAAAGGAUCCACUAAUGAGCUGGAGAGAAGCAUUAAGGCAGUCAUCCAGAGAAUUAAGAAAGUGUCUGCUGAUUCUGAAGAAGAGGAGGACAAUGAUCAGAAUAAUGGAGAAUGGGACAGCUAACCAAUUCAGCGUAACAGACUUACUGACUGGAACAGUGUGCCUCAUUUUGCACUUUGUGGAAACUCUC